AGCACAGAGCAUUGGAUGUACUAGAGGGGGAUGCUGCUAAACAAUAUUCAUUGUUAUUUGAUUACAUGGCAGAAUUGAGGAGAGUUGGGAGUGGAACAACUUGUAAGAUUAAAUUCAGUGAGCCUAUUCCUAAUUUCCAGCCAAGAUUUGAAAGUUUUUACAUGUGCCUUGAUGGUUGCAAGAAGGGUUUCUUAGGUGGUUGUAGGCCUUUUAUUGUUGUUGAUGGGUGUCAUCUCAAGACUAAAUAUGGUGGGCAAUUGUUGGUUGCUGUAGGCCGAGAUCCUAAUGAUCAAUAUUUUCCCCUUGCUUUUGCUGUGGUUGAAAACGAAUGUAAAGAAACUUGGAGGUGGUUUCUGACGCUCUUAUUGGAUGACAUUGGUGAUAUGCAGACAAAUAGAUGGGUUUUCAUCUCCGAUCAGCAAAAGGGACUGUUGCUUGUUUUUGACGAGAUAUUGGAAGGUGUUGAGCAUAGAUUUUGUCUUCGUCAUUUGUACAACAACUACAAAAAAAAGUUCAGAGGUGGGGUUUUAAUUCGGGAUUUGAUGAUGGCAGCUGCUAAAGCUACCUAUUACCAAGCAUGGGAGGCUAAAAUGGAGGAACUGAAAAAGAUUAAUCAAGAAGCUCAUAACUGGUUAGUAAAGAUUCCCACCAAAUGUUGGUGCAAACAUGCAUUUAGCUCUUAUCCUAAGUGUGAUGUAGUCAUGAAUAAUCUAUCUGAAUCAUUUAACAGCACCAUUUUAUUAGCUAGAGACAAACCCAUUUUAACCAUGAUGGAGUGGAUUAGAACUUAUUUGAUGAGUAGAUUUGCAAAUUUAAGAGAAAAAGUAUCAAAAUAUCAAGGUGAUGUCAUGCCUAAACCAAGAAAUAGAUUGAAUAGGGAAAUUGAGAGGAGUGGAAAUUGGAUGGUUGUUUGGGCUGGUGGUGAUAAGUUUGAGGUCACACAAGGUUUUACCAUGGAGAAGUUUGUAGUUGACUUAAAACAACUUUCAUGUACAUGCUGGUUUUGGGAGUUAGUUGGUAUCCCUUGUAGACAUGUUGUUACUGCUAUAAAUUAUAGAUUAGAAGAGCCAGAAAACUAUGUUCACAGAUUUUACAAAAAGGCAGCAUACCAACGUUGUUAUGGAGAACAAAUUUCCCCAAUUAAUGGUCAACCUAUGUGGCCAAAAACCAAUUCACAACCAAUUUUACCUCCAUCAUACAAGACACCUGCUGGAAGGCCAAGGAAAUUAAGAAGAAGGGAAGCAGAUGAAACUGUCAGUCACUCAAAAAUCAACAGAAGAAAUUUGAAGAUGAAGUGCACAAGAUGUGAUCAAUUUGGGCACAACAUAAGAGGAUGCAAAAGUCAACCAAAAAAAACCAUAGGGGUGAAAACCAGGAUCAGGAAGCAAUCUUCAAAGAGAAAGGGACCUGCAGGUACAAGAAUUGCUCCGCCCAUGGAAACCAGCAACAAUAGCUCCACCAGCAACACUCCAGGAGCAGGGACGAGAGGAAUGGCACCUACUUUAGGUUCUCAACACUCCAACAACCCACUGCCUAGAGCAUGUGAAUGUGUAAAGACUUUGUAUUGUAAUGUGAAGUGGACCACACUUUUGUAA